CUCAAUCUAUCAAGCGUGUAUCUCUGAGCUGAGAAUGGCGCAAAGGGCCCAUUUCAUUUCCGCAAGCGGCGCUUUGAAAAUCUAAAAUCCUCUCCUCCGAGCUUCCAGGGCUGCGCUUCAUUCCUUGAACAAGAAGAAGUGAACGGGAGCUUAACAAUGGCGUUGGAGAGGCUGGCGGCGGUGUCGUUCUCGAGUAAAGUAUCUUUCUGCAUCCCAGUUAACCCUCUGGCCAGCGGGAACUCGACUGGUUCGUCGUUGUUUACUGCUCGGCGGCCGGGCUACAAACCAUUGGGAUUCAACCGUAGGUUUAAGUGUUCAGCUGAUUACAGAGGCUACGACCAGUACAAUCAGGCGGUUGUUGGGUACGAAAGGCCGGCCGAGAUUCCGUGGAAUAAGGAGCUCGCCAACGGGGUGCAGCUCAUCGGCGUAGUGGGCGCUCCCGUCGAAAUCAAGAACCUAGCUUCCGGCAAGGUCGUUGCGUGGACGAGGCUCGGGUUCAAGAAGUCUGCCGCCGAUACCUGCUGGAUAAAUCUUACAUUCUGGGACGAAUUGGCGCAAACUGCUUUUCAGCAUGUGCAGAAAGGGAAUCAGAUUUAUGUGUCUGGUCGAUUGAUUUCAGACACAGUUGAGAAUGAGGACGGGAAGGUCCAGACAUACUACAAGGUAGUUGUCCAGCAGUUUAAUUUCAUCGAAAGAAAUGGAUCUUCUUCAUCAUCACCAUCAUCACCGUCAUCAUCAUCAUACGAUGAAGAGUUUAACAUGAACGCUUCAGGUAGAAAGUUCAACAAUAACAGCAACAACAACAAUACUUCAAACAUGGGUUCCAUAGAAGAGCAGUGGCAAGCAUUUUUCGCUAGCCCUUACGAGUGGUGGGAUAAUAGGAAGAACAAGAGAAACCCGAAGUAUCCAGAUUUCAAGCACAAAGAUACAGGGGAAUCAUUGUGGGUCGAAGGGAGGUAUAAUCCAUCAUGGGUGAAGUCUCAGUUGGCAAUAUUGGACGAGAAGAUGGGGUCUGUUCAGGAUGAGAAUGGCAGGAAGGAUCUGAGUCCCCUAGGGAGCGACGAAUUCCUGUCAUUUUGAUGGUUUUGCGUCCACCUUCCAUGGCAUCUGUGUCACACUCCUUUAACAGUUGAGUUGAUUGAAGUCAAUUUCACAUGGAAGUAAUCUGGCGUUAGUUUGUACAUUCUCUACUGUAGUAUUACUCCAUGACCCUUCCAUAUGGAAGGUUUUUUGGAGCUCUGACCUUGUGUGCUUGUCCUUCUUUGGUUAAGUUUUGUCACCUGUAUGCUGCUCGUUGGUUUUGGGGCUCUAUGGGGCCAUAAGGCAAAUUUUUGUAUUGCAUCGCUAAUGGAUAUGGAAUGGAUGUACUGAUCAUGUAGUAUUGCUAUCCACUAUCCUUGAUAACGUAUGUCGCGGAAGCCACUGGGUUAGCUUAUUACCGCUGGUUUCUGAUGAUGACUUUAAUAUUGCUCUGCCGUUAUCAUUAGUUGAAUUCUUGUUUUCCUACAAGAAAACCUUACGAGGCUAAAUACAUCUGUAUAGCCAAAAUUUUGACGAUUUGGCCAAAUAUAGUCACGUUUCGCGA